UGGCUCUUUUACUGUAAUAGGCGGUCUGCGGUUACUAAAGGCACUCUGUGGGUGUCCAAAUUGCUCAGCAGAAUAAAGAAGUUUAAGUCACUCCCACACAGCCCUAAAACUCCGCAGACAACAAACUUAACGUCACUAGAUGGAGGACAGCAGGUGAUGUAUGGAGAUUCCAGUUUAUCACAGUCUUUUGUCAUUUCUAGCAGAACCUAACAGCUAUCACUACUAUACAAGUGGGAUGAGGUUUAGAGCGAGAUAAUGGACUCUCUCACAAUUUUGCCAUCUUUAAUGACCAUGGAUCCAUUGACAUUGAAACCCAAUGUAUCCACGGCACCUCCUGCAAAUGACUGUCAUAUCCAUGAUGGGGUCCUUUCUGCGAUGCUUCCAGUUAUGUACUCUAUUGUAUGUGGCAUCAGUUUGCUAAGCAACACAUUAGCCCUCUUCGUGUUUUGGGCAAAUUGUCAAAAAUGCACUUCUAUGAUUAUAUACAUGAGGAACCUGGCAGUUGCUGACCUCCUACUGUCACUGUGCUUACCAUUCCGAGUGGCUUACCAAAACAAUGAUGGUCCUCUAAUUCUCUGCAAAAUCGUAGGUGCGUUUUUUUACUUGAACAUGUACGCUAGCAUCAUGUUCUUAAGUCUUAUUAGCCUGGAUCGCUACCUUAAAAUAAUUAAGCCUUUGCAACAGUUCAAAAUUCAUAGUGUUUCGUGGAGCACUCGAGCGACCCAAAUUGUCUGGUUAAUCAAUGUGGUCUUCAUCAUCCCAUUCCUCGUUGAACAGAAAGGAAGUGAACCUUGCAAUCAGAAGUGCUUUCACUUCACGAAAAAGGGAUACGUUGGAGCUGUAAUCAACAUUACUGCAGUUAUUGUGUUCUUCAUUCUUCUCUUGCUUUUUGUUUAUUUCUACGGAAAAAUAUCUGCCAAACUCCGCCAGGCCUCAAUGGGAAAAUCUCAACCGCAAACAAAAAGAAAUAGCAACAGGGCAAUUAACAAAUCUUUUGUUGUCCUCAUUAUCUUCAUAGUGUGUUUUGUUCCUUAUCACAUUGUACGUGUACCUUACGUCCUAGCCCAGAUAGAAGUCAUCUCCAGUUUGUCCUGGAAACAGACUCUUCAUAUCACCAAUGAGAUAGUGCUCUGCUUGUCCACCUUCAACAGUUGCCUGGACCCGGUGAUUUAUUUCUUCUUGUCCGACAGCUUUAGAAAAGCAGUUAAUUGCACCUUGCACUGGAAGCUCAAGCUCAUUGCAAACAAUCAUGAACAAAACCAUUCCAAUUCAUUUAACCUUCCACUCCCUUCAAGGCCCGAAACUCAAGAUGACUGAUUUAUUGAAUCCGACCUUUAAACAUCUGAAAUUUAAGGUGGCUGAAUUACUGUGACUAAAAACUUAACUGUGGCUCAGCGUUAUCGUAGAAGCAGAAAUGCCAAAAAUGCAGAUGCUUGUAUUGUGACGUCUGUGCUCUAUAAUCAAUUGCAUUAACCAACAGGGGAAAAUUGCUUAUAAUGCCAUAACCCUGCCCUGUGGAGCAUAGUGUUGCGAAUCUAUAAUAUCGCUUACAAGAUUUUCAUGUCAAGUGUAUAGGUCAGACAAAGUACAGUCUACUGGCUAGUGGUAUAAAUGCAAAGUUCCUGUUUCUCAGGAAACAAAAUCCUAGUCUAGGAGUUACCCAACAUUUGCCACAGAUGACUUUACAAGUUCUAGACUUUUACAAGUUUUUGUGUUAUAUCAAAACAUGCCAAAUAGAAUGGUAGUUUGCUACCCUAAUGAUAUAUUAACAUGAGAAGCUGAUCUGAAAAGUGAUUCUCAGCAAAUUUAUAUAUGUGCCCCAUGGGUACUUUGACAAGAAUAGUCAGUACUUAAAACCAUAUAAA